GCAAAAACAAGUGGGACUGCCCCAAAAAAACAAAGGGGGAAAAAGAAAAAGGAAGUGAGGAGCCCUUUGGUGGAGAUGCCCUUUCUCUCUCCUCAAAUUUUCUCACUCUAAUUGCCAUCUCAUCCUGGUGGCCUUUCAAUCCUCAUUUCUUCAGGUUUUGAUGAUCUGGGUCUGAAUUAUUUUCCUCAUUUCCUGCUGUUUUGCGGGUUUUGCCAAAAUGCCUAUGUUUCAGCCUUCUAGGAAAGAUGGUGGUGUUCUUGGCCUUGAUGGUGGCGGUGAUGGCCGUAUUCUUGAUGUGGAAUCCGCGGUCAAGGAUGGGGUUUUGGGAGGUGUGGCGGUGUACGGUGGUGGCGGUGGUGGCGGUGAGAAGUUGGAUCUGAAAAAGAUGAUUGAAGAGCUCAAUUUGUGUGAGGUUCCCUCAGUUUUCAUUUGCCCCAUUUCCCUUGAACCAAUGCAAGAUCCUGUGACACUCUGCACUGGCCAAACCUAUGAGAGGUCCAACAUCUUGAAAUGGUUUAGUAUGGGGCACUACACUUGCCCCACCACAAUGCAGGAGCUAUGGGACGACACGGUCACCCCAAACACGACGUUGCAUCACUUGACAUACACGUGGUUCUCGCAGAAGUAUGUGCAGAUGAAGAAGAGGUCCGAGGAUGCUGAGGGCAGGGCGUCCGAGCUCCUAGCUAAUCUCAAGAGGGUUAAGGGCCAGGCGCGAAUCCAGACCCUCAAGGAGCUGCAGAGAGUCGUGGCGAAUCACUCCACUGCUAGGAAGACCGUGGUGGAUGAGGGUGGUGUGGCCCUCGUCUCAUCCUUACUCGGUCCUUUCACCUCCUACGCUGUAGGGUGUGAGGUCGUUGCAAUUCUUGUCAACCUGAGCCUCACUUCCGAGGCGAAGAUGAGCUUGAUGCAGCCUGCGAAGGUCUCAUCCGUUGUGGAUGUUUUGAAUGAGGGCUCGAUUGAAACCAAGAUCAAUUGUGUAAGGUUGAUUGAGAUGCUGAUGGAGGAGAAGGAUUUCAGAACGGAGCUUGUAUCGAGCCAUAGCUUGUUGGUCGCGUUGAUGAGGCUAGUGAGGAAUAAGAGGCACCCGAACGGCCAUUUGCCCGGCCUUACCCUUCUAAAGUUGAUUUCCACGCUCAAAGAGGUCCGGAGUUUGAUUGUGAGCAUCGGAGCUAUACCUCAGUUGUUAGAGCUGAUACCGGUAUUGAAUCCAGAGUGUGUCGAGCUAGCCCUCUUCGUAUUGGACAUCCUCUCCUCCUUGCCACAAGGGCAGCAAGCGUUGAUGGAUUGUUCGAACACAAUCCCAACCAUGGUUAAGCUACUCAUGAGGAUAACAGAAUGCUGCACGGAUUACGCCCUGUCAAUAUUGUGCUCCGUCUGCAACCUCUCGCCUCAAGAAUGCUCACUGAGAGCUGUGGACGCAGGCCUUGCAGCGAAGCUCCUCCUCGUCAUACAGAGUGGCUGCAGUCCAGCCCUCAAGCAGCGCGCUGCCGAGCUUCUGAAGCUCUGUAGUCUCAACUUUUCAGACACGAUGUUCAUCUCCAAGUGCAAACUGACCAGAACGAUCCAAUGAAACGCGGUGCUUGCUGCUGCUAAGGAGGACGAGGACGAGGACGAGGACGAGGACGAGGACGAGGACGAGGGGGCCAAGUGUUUUACGAAUAAUGUCAUUUGUAAAGAUAGAAAUAUAUAUGGCGCGGAAGCUUGUAGCCACUGUUGUUGAAAAUGGUGUUGUUGGUGGAGCUUGCAGCAGAUUGCAAUUGUAAUUUCUUAGCCAUUUGCGUUUGCUCCAUUAAAUCUUUGCAAUUCAAGAUCCUCCAAGAUUUUCACAUUCAACUCUGUAGAAGUUUUGGUUUUUUUUGGGUAUUGUUACAGGUUUUAGAAUGCAGCAAAGAUAUCAUUUCCAUGUGUACAAUCAAUCAAUCACAAUUCUUCACUUUA